AUGCCUGAUGUUGCUCGACACCAGCGUUAUAUCAAGGUCACAAAGUCUAGUUCAAGGACACUGUGGCGCCACCGUAUCAAACGCAAAGCGCGUCUCCGCACAGAGGCCGAGAAGAAGGCACUUGCUGAGAAACGCAACACUCAGAAAUGCGCAUAUAAGGAUGCCCUUGCAGACUGUCAGGAUAUGGUCAUGCAGGAGGCCAUCAAAUUGCACGAACAGUUUCCUCACAGGACAGUUGAAUAUCACUUCGAAGCAAUUUUACAGCGAACGCACACCAAGCAAAAGAGCCGAAAAGCAACCCGUUGGAACGCGUUUCUCCGUUCCGAGGUCAAGGCAAUGAAUGCAGCGCGAGCACCUGAUGAAUCACGUGUGAAGGCUACCCAGGUCGGGCAUGAUAUUGCUGAGAAAUGGAAUGCUAUGUCACAGCAAGAGAAGAUUGACGCAACUGAAGGCCUCAUGGAAGACUUAGAAGACCAUCGCAACAACAAGGCUUUGGCAAGUCACAAUGUCCCCAUCAAUGCCUUUCACGAUAUUCGCGCUACUUUGGAUUCUGUAACACAAACCCUUGCUACUCUCUGCAAGGACCGGGUGUCAUACUGCCCUCAUCACUAUGAUCAAGUCGGCGACUUCUUCCAGCUUGCUCUCAAAGAGACACCCUCCAACUUUGCAACACGUCUUGAAGGCUACUGUACAUCUGGUGUCACCGGUGUCGUUUCUAACUACAAACAGAGUUUCCUUCAACUCAAGAGCAACACUUCGGCACUUAUCCUGCAAAAGCUUCGUGAGGCAGCUCAGGUACCUAUCUCCAGGAUGUACUAUGUCAACUUCGAUGAGAAUAUUACCGCGCCAUAUGGUGUGGUUCUCGACAACUGGCCACUGAAAAAAUUUGCAAGUCCCGGGGACAUAGGCUCGAUGGUGGAGGUCAAGAUUGUAUACAACGCAUUUAGGACAGGCGCGACAAAAUUUCGCAAACUGACAGCUGCUGAGUGGGAAGAUUGGGACGAGACCAGAUUCAAUAAUGCUAUGGGGCGCGGUUCAGAAGAUGCCACAAAUGAAGACAGGAAUACACCAGCGGCAGAUGAGAGUAGUAUCAAUGCAAACAUUGAUCCAUUUCUCUUGUCAAUCUCACAGCCAGUGCACACCGAGUCACAGUCUGUACCUACAACAGAAGAGUCUGCACCCAUUCGAGGGAAGCGACGCCGCGAGCAAGCAGAGAGUGGCGCAAUUUCAGGUAUUACAGGUAUGGGAGGGAAUGAGGUAUUCGUUGCUAAGAAACAGCGCAAGACGCGCUCUGAUAAGGGGAAGAAACGAGGGCCCAAACAGCAUGCUAAUCAGUCCACGGAGCCUGCAGUUUCAAGUUAA